AUGAGACAAACGCUGAAUGUUAGUCAGAAAGCUUCCACAGAACACAAGUUCGUUGUUCAGGAUCUGAACAGUGCAGAAGAACAGCAGAAUUUUCUGGAAGUGGAGGAGACUUUGGAUGAGGAUGCUCCGAAAGGAGACAUUAAAAAUCAGUCUCCUGAGACUUCCACAGCCGAACAGUCGGUAUGA